AUGUCACCCGAGAAGGAUGAUUUUGACGAUAAAGACAGCGAUCUUGCCACAAGGCAACGAUCCAAAGGGCUUGAACAGAAGCUUCCCGCAAUGAUUGGUCGGCAUAUAGUCUUGGGGCAUGUACUCGGCAGUGGGGGCUUCGGCAAGGUCUACUUUGCUUGUGAUCGGAAGAAUAAUAUGAACGUCGCGGUGAAGAUAAUCGACAAGGCAAUAGUGAAAAGACAGGGCACGCAGGAAUACGUCGAACGCGAGAUUGAGAUGAUGCGUAAAAUCAAUAACAAGCAUAUCGUAAAACUUUUAGACGCGAUCGAGACCUCCAACGCGUAUAACCUGGUGAUGGAGCUCGCGCCGAAUGGGGAGUUGUUUGACAAGAUCGUGGACUCCGAGCGCUUCGACGAGAACGUCGCGCGGAAGUACUUCCAGCAGCUGAUUUGUGCGGUGCACUACUGCCAUGGGAUGCACAUCGCGCAUCGCGAUCUCAAGGCGGAGAACCUCCUGCUUGGGGAAGGCAACGUCCUGAAAGUGUGCGAUUUCGGCCUCUCCCGCUAUACCACCGAGGGGGUUUUCAAUGACAACGCCGUGAUGCUGACGUCGUUGGCGGGGAGUCUGGAUUACCAGGCGCCGGAGAUGCUGAAGGAGCGCGGCUACGAAGGCUGCGCGUGUGAUAUGUGGAGCUGUGGGUGCAUCCUCUUCUUCAUGCUCUGCAGCUACCUCCCGUUCACGGACCGCUCCGACGGGCUCACGCGGAAACGCAUCCUGAGUGGGCAGUACAACCGUCGAAACCGCUUCUUGUCGGAAGGCGCCGCGGUGUUGAUCGAGCACCUCCUCGAGCGCGACCCCGCACGACGUUAUACCACCCAGGAUGUCAUUCGAAACGAGUGGUUCGCGCAGGAUCUCGACCCUCGGUUGUUCCCGGACGCGGGGCUUGGGGAGGUGGGCGCCCCAGGGAGUCCGCCGCCGUCGGGCGAGGGAUGGCAGCCGCGGGUGCCCUUCUCCCCGGACGCGGCGGGCUCGCCAGAGAGCCCGUCGAUGUCGCCCACCUCCGAGAAGGCGAUGGAGCUUCACCAGGCCUUCCUCAGCUGCAACGUUACGAAGGACGGGUUCCUCUCCAAGGAGCAGGUCCGCGACGCGUUGAUCAAGCUCAACGGGGAGAAACCGGUCUCGGAGGAGAAGGUUCGAGACUUUAUGAGCUACUUCAACCUCGACAAGGAGGGGCGUAUCACCGAGGAAGACUUCGUCGUGGGAUGGACCCAGCAUCAGAACCAGCUCGGGAAGAAGUACGACCUCGCGAAGAUGGUGAACCUCUUCCAUUACGACCUCGAGAAGGAGUUCCUGGAGGAGAUCCGAAAGGCCUUCGACUCCAUCGACACCCAGAACAGCGGGCUCAUCACGCGGAAGAACCUCACCGCGCUCGGCAUCGACUUCACCGAGGAGGAGAUCAAAACCCUCCUGGAGUCCAUCGAUCCCGACCACAAAGGGAAACGGCACAUCACCUUCGAGCGCUUCGUCGGGAUGUGCUUGCGGUACGACUUGCUUAAGAAUCACCCGCUCGCGGUUCGUCUUCGUCAUCUCGACAAUUUGUUUGAUUUUACCGAGCACCAAUCGUUCAAGACGUACUUGAACACCGGCUACACCGUCGCGGGCCCGCGGGCGGUGAUUAAAGUGCAACUCCUGGCCAAACAAGAAUCGCUGGCAACGAAAUUCGAAGAAGGGGACGCGUACGGCUUUUUGUACGGAACCCACACGAUAGGCGGGCGAAAGGUGCUGGAAGUCGGCGUGCGUUUGCUGCCAGUAGUGGAAGGCUACACCAAGGUGCUUGUAUAUCGUAUUAGGGGGAAGACGAAGGACUUUCAUAGGUGGUUUUUGAACCUUCGCAAGGCGAUGAAAGAUGAGUUGUUGCGGUGUGAAGAGGACACCGCGGUAGAAGGCGAGCCGGAGCUUAUGUAA